AGAGGUGCUGACAAUAAAUCCAAACACUUCAUCGCUAGAUCUAACAUUGUGUUUAGAACGUUUAUAUUAAUUAGCCGUGUUCGACGCAACACGCACCCGUGUACGUUCUUACCGUACGAGUGCAAUAUUUCCCAACAAUCAGAGAGAGGUGAGGUCGCCAAACGAGCAGUGGUGACCGAGCGCUGACGCUCGGAAGACGCGACCCACUUACUAUAGUUUGUGCAUCAGCUGUAAGGAUAAACAGUGCAAAAUGAAGAUAAAACAAGAGCUCCUUGUCCAGCCGACGGGCGAGUUGUGGAAGGCGAUCAGGGUGGAGCUGAACGAAGAUGUCACCAACAAUGACCGGGACUUGGCCGCAAUAAGGGAGUGGCUGAAGAAGCAACCGCACUUGCCUGAUGAUUGGGAAACUGGCCCACUAAUGACCUUUCUCCGUGGUAGCAGCUUCUCUCUGGAGAAAUGUAAGAGAAAGCUCGACAUGCACUUUACCAUGAGAGCGGCCUGUCCAGAGUUCUUCACAAAAAGAGAUGCCUCAAGCCCUGAACUGAGCGAAAUCUUGGCAUCAAAAAUUCAAGGUCCACCCUUACCAGGAUUGACACCUAACGGAAGAAGAGUGACCAUAUGCAGAGGUAUCCACCACAACUUGGACUCGCAGCAGAUAGUGGACACACUAAAACUGGCGCUGAUGAUCGGAGACAUUCGCCUGAUAGAAGAGAAGGAAGGUGUUGCUGGCGACAUCUAUGUUCUAGACGCUGCUAUCCUGGGUCCUAGUUUGCUCACCAAGCUCUCUGCUACUAUUAUUAAGAAGUUUAUGAUUUGCGUGCAAGAAGCUUACCCAAUAAAGCUGAAAGAAAUACACAUCAUCAACACAUCACCUAUAGUAGAAAGAUUUGUUAAUUUCGUGAAACCCUUCCUUAAAGAAAAAAUUAGGAAACGAAUCUUCAUCCACAAAGAAGUAAAGGACCUUUACAAGUAUAUUCCUAGAGAAAUGUUGCCUGAAGACUACGGCGGCGAUUGCAGCACCAUGGAAGCUCUUCAUGAACAAUGGACUAUGAAACUUCAAGAAUACCGUGACUGGUUCAAACGCCAAGAGUCGAUCAAAGCCAAUGAGGAACUCAGACCAGGAAAGCCGACCAACUACGACGAACUCUUCGGAAUAGAUGGUUCCUUCCGUCAGCUAACUAUCGAUUAACUCGAUAUAGGCUUACCUCAUAGAAUUGUUCGUCCUAUUUGCUGUUAGGGUAAUGUUUAGUCAAAUAUACUUUUAUAACUAAUAAAAAUUUAAAUUUAGGUAAACAAUUUGGGUAACUUGGGGCUGUCAGAACAAUUAGACUUAAAUUAGCAGUUGUUUUCUCAUUGCUCGGUCAAUCGUCUAUUUUUUUUUCAUUUGUGUAAUUUUCUCAUGACAAAUGUGUAUUGUUUUGCUUUGCGCUUUAUACUCGUAUUUUUUUUUCAUUAUCAUCUUUUUGAAGAUAUGUAGCUUAACAAAGAUGUAAUAAAGCCAGAGCAAAGCAGAUUUUUCAAUAAAUAUAAUUAUCAGCCAUUUUUUAUUCUCACAAAUCAUUUUCUUUUUAAAACCUCUCAAGUGCAAAUAAUUGAUCCAAUAAGAAUUGUAUACUUAUCGGACUAUUGUUAAGAUUUUUCAAUACCUAUGAAUUGUGAUAGUCAAAAAAAAAUCUCUUAAGGACUUGAUCUAAAUCUGACAUUCCAAAAUAAACCUUGAAAAUCAGACGUUAUAAAUUAAAAUCAUUUAAACAUUGUAACUCGAAAAUAUUGAUUAAUUGUAUGUUAUUUGCUAUUUAUGCUCAGCUAUUGUGAUAUAUUAAAUUAGCAACUUAAUUAUUGUGUAUUAUAGUUUGUAAUGGUGUCAAUUAUAUUAAAUAAAAAUUAUCAUACCGA